UGUCAGCUGCAUCUGCCAGGACGCGGGCGCCAACGCGGGAAAAGCUCCGCCGAGCCCCGCCUCCCGCAGUCUCAGCCGCUUUGGCGCGAACCUUCAGUUCCCGGUGGUCGCCCAGCAGCUGCCAGCAUGGGUCUGCCGCGCACGCAGCGCCGACGUUCAGGAAGGAAAAACUUAACAGCAUUCAGAAAUACAAAACUGAUCCCCAUGGAAACAUCCUCAUCCUCAGAUGACAGUUGUGACAGUUUUGGUUCUGAUAAUUUUGCAAACACAAAAUGCAAGUUUAGGUCAGAUAUUGGAGAAGAACUGGCCAAGAUUUUUCAUGAAGCAUCUGAUGAUGAAUCGUUCUGUGGCUUUUCAGAAAACGAGAUUCAAGAUGCAUUGAAACUGGAAUCGGAUUCAGAGGAGAAUGAUUUAAACUCUGAAAGUGAGAUAACUCAGAGAAGGCAGAAAUGCGCGAUUCCUUUAAAAGUAGCCAUGAAAUUUCCACCUCGAAGGUCAGAAAGAAGGAAGGGUGAGAUGGAACCUCUUGCUGAAAAGCUGAUGCCUGCUCCAGAUUCAGACUCUGACUCUGAAGAAAACGGCGCAAUGUUUUUGGAAAAAAGAGCUUUAAAUAUAAAGGAAAACAAAGCAAUGCUUGCAAAACUAAUGGCUGAGUUGCAAAAUGUUUCUGGUAUCUUUGGUGGGAGAAAAUCAUUGCCAACUGUCAGUCAUGGGUCAAAGCGACUUCCACGGCAUUCAGUGCCAAGAAGUGCUUUGAGGAGGAACCCAGACCGAAGUUCUCGGCCUCACACAAGAUCCAGGUCACUGAUUGAGGGUCCUCCUACUCUUUUACAAGAAGAGGAAGAUGAUGACCCAUAUGUGUUAGUGAGAAGAAGAAAGAUGUCUGAUGAAUACCUGGAGCGUGAAACCCGAACUCCCAGGAGGGGUCACCGUGGUGCCAUGGCUUUUCCACAUGUUGUGCGCCCAGUUGAGGAGAUAACAGAGGAAGAGCUGUAUAAUAUUUGUGGAUCUGCAAGAGAGAAAGUAUAUAAUAGAGCCACAGGAUCCACCUGUCAUCAGUGUCGCCAAAAAACUAUAGACACCAAGACGAAUUGUCGUAACCCUGAUUGCAUAGGAGUGCGGGGCCAGUUCUGUGGGCCAUGCCUCCGCAAUAGAUAUGGGGAAGACGUCAGAACGGCGUUGCUGGAUCCAACAUGGAGGUGCCCACCAUGUCGUGGAAUCUGCAACUGUAGCUUCUGCAGACAGCGAGAUGGCCGAUGUGCUACAGGUGUCCUGGUCUAUCUGGCCAAGUACCAUGGCUAUGACAAUGUCCAUGCCUACUUGAAAAGUCUGAAACAAGAAUUUGGAAUGGAAGACUGAAGCCAUGGUUGCCUUCAAAUUAUGUACUCUUUCCCUAAUGUCCUGUUACUGCCUACAAUUAAUUGUUUAAUCAAAUGCGAUUACAAAGCCAGUGUCUUGCAUCCCUUCCCUUUUGGUUAAAAAAGGAUAAAGAACUUUUACAUAUCUCAGUUUUUUUUGGGGAAAACUGUUUAAUGAAGGUCUCUGCCCACAGGACACUGUUUUAAACACCUUUGCAAAUCAGAUAGCAUCAGUCCUUGCUUUUAUGCCAAUAAUUUUUUUUGUCGUUGUUGUUCCUGAAAGGAGAUGGGGCUUAAAGCUAUUAGAGUUUUAUUCAUGCAGUGAGUGAAAUGUGCUGCAGGUUUAUUUCUGCUUUGAAGCUGAUCACAAAAAGGUAAUGGAUACUGUGAAAAUUCAGGGCACUGUUCCCCACAGAACCAGUGGAAAGUACAUGCUUAACUCCGGGCCAACUUCUGCAAUACAGACUUACUGAACAUAAAUGAUCAAAUAAAAACUAAGAAUUCUCUAAAAUAGCAUGCUCUUAAGUACAAAAAGGAAGCCCUAAAAGUUGCAGCUGAGCAGUCUCCAAACACUAAUACUUGGUUUUAUAGAGUUCUCAAAGUGACAUUGGCCGUUUUAAGGGAGAUUCUCCAAGUGACUUAAAAAGUGCAGCAGAAACAAGGGGUGACACUUUGUGUUUUUGCUUAGAUGAAAGGAGGCUGCUGCUAAUAGCUUUCACAGCACCAGUACUAGCAUUGCCUAGUGAUGACAGUGAUGUGAACGUACUGGUGUACAUUGUACAGCGACCACUCUUGUCUAAACCAGAAUGUACCCUUUGAUAAAUUAUUGGGUUUAUAUGUUCUCUUCCUGCUUUAGCUGAAUCAGCAUUGGUCCAGGGCAUAGAGGAAUGCCUCCAGGACCAGGGCUUGGUUAAGUAGAGGGGUAGUGGUUCAUGUGGCUGUUGGGCAAUGGCAAAAUGGAUGAAAGAUGGUAACUUGUUGAAUUUGGGUCUUUGGAAAGGGGAUAAUGACAUAUCACUAGAAAGAGAGCACUAGAAUCUGAAGCCUGAAUUUUUUUAUCUCUAGAAAGCCUAAAAGGCGUGAGCUUUCUAAGCUACAGUCCAGCUUAAAGGGAGUUAUUCUUCCAGUUGCAUCGAUCAGCAUAAAUGCGAACAGGUAACAUUCUCAAGAGACAUCCUCAACAGAUGAGGAAGAGCAAUUGCCUCAUCAAAAAAGGCUUUUAAAAAUAAAAGGAGAUGUAAUGAGUGGCAUACGGUUUGUGAGCACUUAAAAAUGUGGCUCGUGCUGUGGUUUCCUCGUUAACAGUCCAGCCAUAUUUUUGUACCAGCUCUGCAUGAUUGUAGGAUAUUUUGCAUGGUACUAAUGAAGCAUGAGUAUAAUAAAAACUGUUGGAGCUGAAGUAUUCUAACAUGCUAUGUGGAUGGGAUCUUGUAUACUCAGUGCUGCAGAAAAGAAAGUGCCAUAAAAAUUGCAUCCAGAGAACCACAAAGGGUAUAAAUGUGCUUAGUUUGGUUAUGGAUACUACUGUAUAAGCUUCGUGUAAGGUUUAGAAUGCAGUUAUAAAUGUACAGUCAAAUAGCAGACUCAACUUGCUUUUAUUGAGCACUAGAACAAAACAUGGCUUUAGACUUCUUUGCUUGCACAGUAUUUGCACUGUACAUAUACAUAAUGAUCCAUGGUUUAGACCUUUCUGGGAAUUACACUGUGUGUUUGGAGGCGGGGGGGGGGAGAGAAACUUGGAAACAAAAGAUAUUUAUGUCUCAGAAUUGCAGUUCUGUUUCACAAAUCUCUGUCCUUCCAUUGUUUUUUUAGCGUGAAUAGCUGUGCAGUCUGAGGUGGAGAGUGCUUUACCCUCUAGGUACAUUUCAUGAAGAAGGAACUCUAGAAAUACAUGUUCUGACAGAUAAGGGCAAUUUGGUUUUUUCCCUCCUAAUUGCUGAUCUUGCCUUCUGAUUGCUGUGUGAAAGGACUCUUCUAAAAGCAAACGCUUGUGUUGUAUCAUGGAAACUGCUGUAUUUAGAUUUACUCAGAUUUACAAUGUUGUGUACAAAGAUAUAUUUUGAAAAUAAAAAUUCUGUGAGAUAGAA